UGAGGAAGCGUCAGAGCCAUUUUCACUGAGUAAGAGCACGCUGCUCUCAGCCAAGGAAAGAGAAAGAAAGUGCACAUUUUGGAUUCUACCAAGCCGUUUUCACUCUUCCUCUCUCCAAUUUCUGUUGCCCCACUGGAGCGAAGCCUCGGUUGGACACGCAAUGGGGCAUAGUGCCUGUGGCAACUGGGCCGUUGUGCUGCCGAGGGGGGGAGGGGGUAGAGAACCGACCGGCGCACAGAGCUAACAGAUUCAGCUGGCCUCAGGCCUCAGCGCCUCACUCUCAUGCUCGAGUCUCCGGCUAGAGGCUUCUCAGGAAAUCAACCUCUUUCUCUUAGGACUAUGGUGGACUAACUAUGGAUUAACAUGUAUUUGGCUCAGUGGAUUUUGGGACAUAUACAAAAGAUCUGGCGAUUUCAGAGCGAGAAAUCGCUGUGUUUUGGGAUUGAGUGACGAACUUUUCUUGCCUUUUUAGUUCCCUUUCUAUUUUGCUUUUGUGGAGAGAGGAACUCCUCAAUGGAUUACAAAAUGCUUUCGAAGUCCAAUGAUUUGUUGGAUUUUCAGACAUUGGAUGCCCUUUUGGAAAAAAUUGCACAUUGCUCCGUCCCUCUUAAAAGAGAGCCCAGCGAGGAGUGCAAUGGAAUUAGCGGUGCUCUCUCUACGGAGCCCGCGCCCGGCUCGAGACUGAGCGAGUGGUGUCCUGCCGCACCCCCUCCCGUCCCUCUGCCCGCGCUCCACCCUGCAAGUAUGGGGGACGGCCUGGACGCAGUGCAGAUGUCGGGGAGCAGCAGCAGUCAGGGACAGCCCUCGUCCCAGGCCUCUUCCCUUUUAAAUCCUCCUCCCCCAGAAACUUCCGACCCUUCCCGCCCCAAGCGCCAGACCAACCAGCUGCAGUUCCUGCUAAAGUUUGUGAUAAAGACCCUUUUGAAGCAUCAGUUCGCCUGGCCUUUCCAUUCUCCUGUUGAUGCCGUUAAGCUCAAUCUGCCUGACUAUUAUAAGAUAAUCAAAAAUCCUAUGGACAUGGGAACAAUCAAGAAACGCUUAGAGAACGGUUACUACUCAAAUGCCCAAGAAUGUAUUCAAGAUUUCAACACCAUGUUUACCAACUGCUACAUCUAUAAUAAGCCUGGGGAUGACAUAGUAUUAAUGGCAGAAGCACUGGAGAAGGCGUUCCUCACCAAGAUUUCUGAAAUGCCUCAGCAGGAGGUUGAGAUCACGACCACAAGCGGCAAGGGUCGUGGUCGGGGCAGGAGGGAUCCAGACCUGAACCUGAAGAUAGGACCUGGCCUGGAUUCUUCACCAUCGAACCCUCAAACACGUGGCCUUUCUAAUCUUGCCCCUGGGCCACAGACUAGAGGACCCACACAGGGUCCACCCACUUUACCUCCCCAACCUGCCAUGCAAGUCUUGCCCCCUCGAGUGCCCCCUUCGCUCCCUCCCCAUGCACCGCAAUUAGGGACACCUUUUUCUCUGGGCCCCACUGACUGCACCCCACAGAUUCCCAUCAUGACUGCUGUGCCUCCCCCUGCUCAGACCGCACUGCCGCCCAUUCACAUGCAGCAGAGCACUGCCCCCAUUCUACAAAACCCCAUCUCGAAUGUUCCCAAACAGAGAAAGAGCCAGAAAAGGAAAGCAGACACCACAACACCUACCGCAAAUGACCAGCUGAGCGAGUCCUCACCUGCUGAGUCCAAGUCCGGAAAGACUCUGCCACGCCGGGAUAGUACACGACCAAACAAAGUACCCAAAAAGGAGACACCAGACUCCCAACACCAUUGGACGGCCCCCACUGGGACUCCUAGCCCCAAGCAACAAGAGCAAUUACGCUAUUGCUCAGGCAUGGUUAAGGACAUGUUUGCUAAGAAGCAUGCAGCAUAUGCCUGGCCCUUCUACAAACCAGUUGAUGUGGACACUCUAGGACUGCACGAUUACCAUGAUAUCAUCAAACAUCCCAUGGAUCUCAGCACCAUUAAGGACAAGUUGGAAAACAGACAGUACAGAGAUGCUCAGGAGUUUGCUGCAGAUGUACGGUUAAUGUUCUCCAACUGCUACAAGUACAACCCUCCAGAUCAUGAAGUGGUGGCUAUGGCUCGCAAACUGCAGGAUGUGUUUGAGAUGCGUUUUGCUAAAAUGCCUGAUGAGUCAGAGGAAAUGCUAACACCUGCUCCUGCACCAGCGCUCCACCCGGCUCCUGUAAAGACACAGCCACCAUCAUCCUCUGAAAGCUCCAGCGAAUCCUCAUCUGAAUCUGACUCCUCCACAGAUGGCUCUGAAGAGGAGAGAGCCCAGAGGCUAGCAGAGCUCCAGGAGCAGCUGAAAGCGGUGCAUGAGCAGUUGGCUGCCUUGUCCCAGCCUCAGGCCAGCAAACCAAAGAAGGAAAAGAAAGAAAAGGAGAAAAAGAAAGACAAGCACAAAAAGAAAGCAGGAGUUAUGCCUGCACUGGAGGAGAUCUUGGAGCCGCCUCCUGUUCUUAAGGCUCAGGGAAAGCCCAAGAACAAGGAUCCUAUGCCUAAGAAGCCCAAAAAACCCAGUAAGAAGGAGGGAGGUAAGGGCAACCGCUCCGUGGCUCCCCCAGGCAAUGCCCCACCCACCCUGCAGCCUAUAGUAGGCCUGGUUACUGUGGAGGAUCUUGGUCUACCCGGAGGGCCUGCAAUGGCAGGUAUGGCAGCUGGGGAGAAGUGUAAGCCCAUGUCCUAUGAAGAGAAGAGACAGCUGAGUCUGGACAUUAACAAACUGCCUGGUGACAAGCUGGGUCGUGUGGUCCACAUCAUCCAGUCCCGCGAGCCCUCGCUUAAGAACUCUAACCCGGAUGAGAUUGAGAUCGAUUUCGAAACGUUGAAGCCCUCCACGCUGCGGGAGCUGGAGAGAUACGUGUCGUCCUGUCUCCGCAAAAAGAAAAAGCCUGCAGUUCCAGAGAAGUCCAUGGAGGCAAUGAAUGCUGCAAAGACAAAAGGCUCAUCAUCAGAAUCGGGCAGCAGCAGUGAGUCCAGCUCUUCAGAAAGUGAAGAAUCUGAAACAGCAAUGGCUUCCAAGCCGAAGAAAAAGGGUAGAGGUGAAGGGAAGAAGGCUCAUCACCAGGCGAUGGCUCCAGGCAUGCCUCAGCCGCAGGUUCCCCAUCAGCCCCAGACUGUGUCACUGCAGCCCACCAUUCAGUUGAAACAGCAGCAGCAUCCCUCUCCUGCCACUUACAUGGCUCCCCCUGUCACAGCGCUGGAGCCCUCACAGCUGCUGGAGAACCCCUUUGACCCUCUGUCCCACUUCGCCCAGCCCCUCAUGCACCUUUCUCACCACGCCAAUGACUCGUCCUCUCCUGCACCGCCUCACCUCAACGCUCACCCUCCAGGAGGCACCGUGUCGCCUGACACGCACCCAUUCCUGAACCAACACCACAUUCACCCAUCCCCAGCCCUGCACAACGCAAUGCCCCAGCAACCUUCAAGGCCCAGUAACAGGGCAGCCCCACUACCUCCUAAACCUCUGCAACAGAGCACGCCCCAGCAGCAGCCCCAGCAGACCCUGCCGCAGCAGCUCCAACCCCAGCAACCCCUGCCGCCCCAGCACCACCUCCCUCCACACCUCCCGCAGCCUCCUCCACCGCCAAUACGCCAUCGGUCCCUCUCUCCCCCCACACUCACUCCCCAGGGCCUGCUCUCCUCCCAGCCCCCACAGAUGCUGCUGGAGGAUGACGAGGAGCCCGUUCCCUCUAUGAACCUGCCCAUGUACCUGCAGCACCUGCAGCCAAACCGCCUGCAGCAACAAACCCAGCAGACGACUUCAUUAAUUCAGUCUCUACAGAGCAGGCAGCAGCAGCCAUCUCUGCUUCAGACAGUGCAGGUUCAGUCUCAUCUGGGCCCGCAGAGCUCCCUGCCCACUGCACAGCUCCCCAUUCAGAUGCAGUCUCAGCCGUCAGCAUCACACCAGCCCUCCCCGCAGCUCUCGCAGCAUCAGACUAGACACAUGCAGCACUCACAGCAGCAAAUUAACUUCUCACAAGGUCCAGUGCAGACAACACAAACGCAGCCCAGCCAACACAAAAUGCCCUCCACUAAAGCACAGCAGAUCAUGCAGCCGCCGCAGCAGCACCAUUCUCCACGUCAACACAAGUCUGACUCUUAUAACACAGCACACUUGCGAGAUAACCCCUCCCCGCUUAUGAUCCAUUCCCCUCAAAUUGCUCAGUAUGGUUUAGUACACCAGUCCCCUCCUCAGGUCAAAAAGGAACCACAGCGAGGUCCUUUAGCUCUGGGUGGCAUUAAAGAAGAGAAGCUGCCACCAUCACCUGUGAUGCGUGGUGAGCCCUUCAGUCCAGCCAUGAGACAAGAGCCUCAUAAACACCCUGACAGCAAACCCACAAUGCAAGGCCAUAGCCAACAGAGAGCAGAUAUGAAACCAGUUGAAAGUUCCCGUCCUGUCAUCCGCUCCUCUGAGCAGAGCGGUCCACCUCCUUCCAUGCAGGACAAAGACAAAUUCAAACAGGAGCCCAAAACACCGGUGGCUCCUAAAAAGGUACAGGACGUGAAACUAAAGAACAUGGGUUCCUGGGCAAGCCUGGCACAGAAAUCCACCUCCACUCCCUCGUCUGCUCUGAAGUCAUCCAGUGACAGCUUUGAGCAGUUCCGACGUGUGGCCCGGGAGAAGGAAGAGCGAGAGAAGGCCUUGAAGGCUCAGGCUGAACAAGCUGAAAAAGAUCGUCUGCGAAGAGAACAAGAGAAACUUCGGGGACGAGAUGAAGAGGACUCCAUGGAGACUACGAGAAGGCCUCAGGAGCAGCCACGCAGGCGGCAGGAGCCACAGCAGGUCCAGGCCCCUCAGCAGCAGCAGCAGCAGCAUCCAGCUCAGUCCCAAGCCCAGAACCCGGCCCAACCGCCCUCUGCACCACAGCCUUCCCAAGCCCCACCCCAGUCCCCCGCCUCAUCCCAGAGUGCACUUGACCAACAGAGGGAGCUUGCACGUCGCCGGGAGCAGGAGAGGAGGAGGAGAGAGGCGAUGGCAGCUACUAUUGACAUGAAUUUCCAAAGUGAUUUGAUGGCUAUUUUUGAGGAGAACUUGUUCUGAAGUGCAAGAGGGAGCGAUAAACUGCAAAACAGAUCAUGGAUUCCUCUACAUGGACAGAAUGAACUCGUACAGCAGGAAGGGAAAAAGACCUCAACUGACCACAAGAAACACUGAAGAGGCUGAACUAGCGAUGUAGAAGCUGAGGCCCUGAGAGAGGGAGCUGUAGCUCUUCUUUUGCCUUAGCAGAAAGAGGGACGCCAUCGCCUCUCCGGCUUUCCUCCUGGAUUUGGCAUUGUGACCAUGCCGGGAAUGAGAGGACUUGUGUGACUUAAUUCAGCGUAUGGGAGCAAUGGACAAUGUGAUCAAGGAGGAAUAUAUGACUAUUAAGUGUACUGAUUAUCUGUAGUACGGCAUCCAUCGACUGCCAGAUGUCUGUGGGGAUUAGACGAUGUCUUUGUUUUCUUGUUUGAUUUCGUUUCCCUCCCAUCGUUUUGUUUUUGCCAUCUCCUUUCCUCCUUUUUUGUAAAAACACGUAGGCAAAUGGCAGGAUGGGAUUCGGGGGCACUUAAAGAUCUUCCUCAGGAGAGGAAGUACAGCUCGCCUUACACCUCUGACUUGUAAAGACGACGACAACAAACAAUAUUCACCAGGGGCUGUGACUAAACAUGGUGUGUUUCACACUGUUAUCAUGUGCAGAUUUUUCAUUAUGUAGGAUCUACUGUAAAAAGGUAUUUUCUUAAUUACUGUUUUGGUUGAUCGGUUGGUUGUAUUUCUUGUUUUGUUUUUCUUUUUUUUAAAUAUUUUUAACUCUCUUACCAACAUCUUACCCCCUCUGAUGUCUAUGCCAAACACCUGUAUCAUUUUAUGCUGAUAGCCGAGACCCGAAACGCUUCACUUAACAUGUCUUUCUUAAUAUAUAAAUAUAUUUUCUUGUUCUCCCCACUCGUCAUUGAAAAUUUAGGUAGCCUUGUAGAAAAUAAACCCUAAUAUAUGCAUUAUUCUGACAAGUGUUAGCUGAGGACAGAAACCAUUGAGAGAGAUACUUUCAUUAUUCAUCAUUUUCACGUCAACCUGGUGAAGAAUUGACCUAUAAGAGGCGGUUUCUGAGUGUCGUUUAGUUGAAAUAUAAUUUAAAGAAUACAGUAACUAUUUUAAGUGUAUUAUACAUAUAGAAGGAAAACUUGCAACAACUGGUACAUGUUCACGCUGUCGCAUUCUAGAAUACGCCAUGUAAAUGCCAGGCAAAUUUGGCUCUUCGCAGCACUGCAGAGAAGAGUCAGAACGGAGCUCUCAUCUGGCCACUGCAUGACUCCUCUUUUCUUUUCACAAAUAAUUUUAUUACAACUGCACAGAGAGAACUCUGUAUGCUGUAUUAGAUAUAAUUACAAAAAUUCUGAAACAGAAAAAAUAACAAAAAAAAAUCAAACAGUUCUGAUUUAUCAUUGUUCUUGUUCAAUUCUAGUGGAUGUGUUCUAAUUCUGUUGUUUGACUCGGCAAGGGGGGCGGGGGGCACAAUUUGAGACCUUGGCAGGUCCUCUGAGUUUUCUCUUAUAGUGUUUUCUCCAGUGCCUGUAUUGUAUUGCAAUUCUAGUUGGCAUAUAUUACGUUCUGGGAGGGCGAGGGUGGGUGUGCGAUUUGCCGAAAGAUCCGGGAGGGAAAAUUGGGAAUUUAGGGGAGAGCUUGUGUUUAAAUGAUAAAAAAGGAAAGUAAACAUUUAUAUAUUUGUCCCAUUUACGAUAUUCUGGUUUCAAUCUAGUUUUAGCAGGACUUCUUAAUUAUACGCCGAACAACUAUGUUUUUCAAUUUCUAAAAACUGCUUAAGAGGACACAUCCGAGCAGCCACAUCAACAUCAUUGACUUGCUAGUCUGGACAUUUGGAUGUGUGCAUCAUGUCAG